ACAAGAGAUGGUCUGGUCACAAGCAAAACUUCUCAAAAUUCUACCAUAACAUGCACAGCCUUCUCUCUCACGUGUAUAUUCUCCCUCUCAGGCACACGUGUGAACACUGAGUUGUAUUACAUUGAAACAGGGUGUGAGACAAGCCUCAGAGCUGAGCAGAAGUUUGCUGGAGAGGAAUCAGAGUGGAAGACGGUGGACAGCACUGACUUUGGUGACCCACCGAAUGAAGGGGACAGCAUGUCAGGCUUCCUGCUCCUCCUCAUCCUCAGCGAGGUCCUACUCCCCAACCUCACCUGUGCAUCCAGAGUGCGCAGGCAGACCACAAAGGUUCGCAUCAGUGCUAUAGGAGACACCAUCAUGCUGAAGUUCCUGCAGCCGGACACGGACACUAGACUGGAGGGCUACAUCCUGGGCUAUGGCAGCAGCUUGUUCUCCAAACAGUUAAUCGAACUCCCUGAGGACGGGCAACCAUAUGAAACUGAAAUCGAUGCUGAGCCAAAAUAUCUAGUUGCAGUACAGCCAUAUAAAGAAGAAGAGGCGAAGAAACAGUGCACAGGAAAAGAGACUCUGGAAAAGCCUCUGCAUCUGGUGAUUGGCUCUGUGACCGAGACCUCAGUUAUGCUGUCCUGGGGCACGCUGUUAAAUACCCUUGCUACUGAAAGCAACCUGGAUGACUGCAUUAAAGAUGGUCACUACACCGUGCGCUACAGAGAGAAGGAGCCCAAAAAGACCUGGAACUAUCAGACUUGUCCCACCAGUGAUACGGUCAUUGACCAACUCAAACCAGACACACCAUAUGAGUUUGGGGUCCGAGCAGAAUCUCGCAAUAUCACUGGGGCCUGGAGCACUCCAGUAAUUCACAACACAGCUGUAAAGGAAAUAGACAUUUAUACCCCACUGGAGCCUGAGAACACUCUGAAGCCUACGGAGUCCAUCACUGAAAGCCCUCAAACUUUCUCCCCCUUUGUGCCUGUGAUUCAGAGCAGACCAGCUUCCCUUCUCAGACACCCAGAACCUCCUCCUACACCGAGGGUAACUCAGGCAAAAGAUGUAGUCAUUCCUGAACCAUUGAAGACCGAAAACCCUCUGAGGCGUAAGGUAAAUCUGUCAUAUGCAAAGCCCAUCACUGAAAGGCCUCAAACUCCCCCCCCAUCAGUGCCUGUUCUGCAUGCUGUGACUCAGAGCAGACCAGCUUCCCUCAGACACCCAAAACCUCUUCCUACAAAGAAAGUAACUCAAGACAUUCAUAAGCCUCGGAAACCUGAGAUCUUUCUGAGGCCUGAGAAGCCCAUUACUGAAAGCCCUCAAACUUUCUCCACAUCAGUGCCUGUUGUGACUCAGAGCAGACCGACCUCUGUCCUCAGACGACCAGAACCUACUCCUACACAGAGGGUAAUGCAAGUUCUGCACAACGUGACUCAGAGCAGACCAGCUAUCCUCCUCAGACACACAGCACCUCCUCCUAUACCAAGGGUAACUCUGGGAGCAGGAAGCGAUGGCAUAGGAACUUCACAUCCUUCAGAAGAUUCAUUGUUCUUGACCCAGACCUUUACCUCACCUCACACACCAAUGAGUAGUUUAAGAAACAUAACAGAAGAAACUCACCAUUCUACAAAAUCAUCUCUUUCAAUUACGACCCAAAAACCACUUCAUUCAACCCAAACCCAACUGACCAUAAGUAAAACUCUAUUCAACACACCCAAACCAAAGACCAACAGAAUCAAAAUUAUAUCUAGCACAGUCAAAGCACAACUCAACAAAACCAAAAAGAAAAAGAUCCGUCUUCCCAACAAAAUUCAUCCCCAACCUGAGACCAGCACAACCAAAUUCACCACAACUACCCAGAUCCAACAAAAAAUACCCAGGUACCCUAUUAGAACAGUCAAGCCCAAGACUAGGUCACCCCAACCCUAUACAAGUCACCCUAAAACUAGUACAAAUCAAUCCCAACACAGCACAGACCUCAAAAUGGCCCAAAACAAGUUUACAACACUUGAACUCAUCACAACCCAAUCCCAACCCCAUGUAACCCAACCCCAAUCUAUUACAACCCAAUCCCAACCCCAUGCACCCCAACCCCAAUCUAUUACAACCCAAUCCCAACCCCUUGCAAACCAACCCCAAUCUAUUACAACCCAAUCCCAACCCCAUGCAAACCAACCCCAAUCUAUUACAACCCAAUCCCAACCCCAUGCACCCCAACCCCAAUCUAUUACAACCCAAUCCCAACCCCAUGCAAACCAACCCCAAUCUAUUACAACCCAAUCCCAACCCCAUGCAAACCAACCCCAAUCUAUUACAACCCAAUCCCAACCCCAUGCACCCCAACCCCAAUCUAUUACAACCCAAUCCCAACCCCAUGCAACCCAACCCCAAUCUAUUACAACCCAAUCCCAACCCCAUGCAUCCCAACCCCAUGCACCCCAACCCCAAUCUAUUACAACCCAAUCCCCACCCCAUGCAACCCAACCUCAAUCUAUUACAACCCAAUCCCAACCCCAUGCAAACCAACCCCAAUCUAUUACAACCCAAUCCCAACCCCAUGCAACCCAACCCCAAUCUAUUACAACCCAAUCCCAACCCCAUGCAACCCAACCCCAAUCUAUUACAACCCAAUCCCAACCCCAUGCAACCCAACCCCAAUCUAUUACAACCCAAUCCCAACCCCAUGCAACCCAACCCCAAUCUAUUACAACCCAAUCCCAACCGGAUAUAACUUAUCCUAAAGCCAUUACAACCCAAUCUCCACCCCACACAGUCCAACCCCUAUCUAUUAUAACCCAACCCCAUAAAACUCAUCCCAAGCCCACUGCAACCCAAUCUCCAACACACACAGUCCAACCCCUAUCUAUUACAACACAAUCCCAACCCCAUAAAUUCCAAUCCAAACCCACUGAUCUCCAAUCUCCACCCCAAACAACUAAAUCCCAAACUAACACAGUAAAAAACUACACAAGAACAGGCCAACUCCAACCCACCACAAUCCAUUCUCAACCCCUCCCAGCCAAACCCCAAUCCAUUGCAAUCUCAGCCCAACCCCAAUCUUUACUUGAUGCAACUCAAAUCCCAAAUAGCGCACUGAUACACUACCCAGAAGCAACUCAGGCCUCCACAACACAUUCUCAACCUGACCGAAUCCAACCCCAUCUCAAGAAAACCCAAUCCAGUACAACCGAACACUCAACAAAAUCCCAAAGAAAAACAGUGCCACCCAAACUGACCACAACCCAGUCCAAACCAAGAAAAAAACAACAGAAGCCCAGACCACAACAAUCCCGCACAACACAAACCCAACUGACCACAACCCUAUCCAGUACAGCUAAAUCAGGUCUAAACUUCGGGUCUCAACAACCUGUCACCAAUCAGCAACACAGUUACAUCAUCAACCCAAAGUUUACUCCUAAACCCAAUAUUUACCAGCAGUUCAGCACCACAUUAAGCACUACUGAAUUCCAACAACCUGACCAUCACCCAACAAGUGCUACAAUAAAACUUUCUAACACCAACACAUGGCAAAAUGGUAAAACUGAGCCUACCCUCAGGGUUAAGCCAAAGCAACCUUUUGAAACACCUUCAGAAAAAUCUAACACACAAAACUUGCCUCGGGGUCAAAAGAAGCCGGUCAACAAGAAGGUCCCAGUCAGCAACAUGGCUCCGAGCCAAUCACUGGAUGGACAUCAAACAAAGCCUGUUCUUGUCAGUGGGGCAACGAAUAGGAACCAGGGCCAAGACAUGUCUUCACCUGUGGCUUCUGUGGCAAGCACCUCAGCACCUACAGUAACGCAACGUGUCUCUCCAAUCUCUGUUCUUAAUCCAAUACGGUUGGCGCCUACCUACUCAAACACCUCUGUCAAGAAUCCACAGGCAUCCCAUAAUGAGAAACAUAAGGGGCAGUUAUGGAACAAACAUAAAAAGUGGAACAGAAAAAAGAUUGAAUCAAAUAAAAUCAAGAACCAUCUAAACCAGGUGGACAAUGUUAAGGAUAAAGUAAUCGAUCUGAAAGUGGUGGAAGCAUUACCAAUUCUGAAACCUUCAACUCCUCCUAAUACCACAGAGAUCUAUCAGAAAACAACUCCAACCCCCACGCCAUUUUUUGCCUAUAAUGGGAGCCGGUAUAACAUGGGUGACAACUCCUCUGUAUUCAGUUCUCUUCCCAUCUCAGAUCUGGAUUCUCAGGGAAGGAAACGCUAUGUAGCAUCUCAUGUGGUCUAUCAAGACAAGCCUCCAGAAAAGCCGUGUUCUGUCACUCACACGCUCAGCUACUUCCCUGAUGAGGAAAAUAUGGUAACCAACAUCACGGGCCCACCCAAGACUGCUCCUGGCAACGUCACUGUGGUUACUGUGGAGGGAUGUCCCUCAUUCGUCAUAAUUGACUGGGAGAAAACAGACAAUGAGACAACAGAAUAUGAGGUUAUUUCCACUGUUAAAAGUCCAAAUGGAAAAGUUGUAUCUGUGGUAAAAACCAAUCAGACACAUACAGCUGUGGAAAACCUGAAGCCGGAGAGCAGUUACAAGUUCAAGGUAACGCCUAGGAAUGAGCUUGGUUCAGGACCCUCCAGUGAGCCGGUAUCCUUCACCACCGAGUCGGCGGACCCUCGGGUGAGUGAAGUUCCAACUGGUAAAAACGCUAUCUGGUCAUCGUUCAAAUUCGAAGCAGACACCUACUCCGAGUGCACUGGAACGCAGUAUGUGAAGCGUACAUGGUAUCGCAAGUUUGUUGGAAUUCAGCUGUGCAACUCACUGAGAUACAAGAUCUACUUAAGUGAUACGCUGAAAGGAAAGUUUUAUAACAUUGGGGAUGAGACUGGAUAUGGAGAGGAUCAUUGCCAGUUUGUUGAUUCGUUCCUGGAUGGACAAACUGGAGGCCUGCUGCCACAGUACCAGUUACCACUCAAACAAGGUUAUUUCCGGGCCAUGCGCCAGGAGCCUGUGAAGUUUGGAAAGAUUGGUGGUAGCACCCAGAUCAACUAUGUAGCCUGGUAUGAGUGUGGAGUCCCCAUUCCUGGGUCAUGGUAGGACCCCUGAAGCUGUCUGAGGAUGUGCUCGAUUAGAAUGUAUACUGUGCGAGAGAUUACAAAGCUGACAAUGUAUAAAGAUGUACAGAAAGGGAAAAAAUAAUAAUAAGAAAAAAAAAGUUCUAUUGAGUGUUAUCUGCAGUAUCUAAUGGCACAUAUAAUGCUUCAUACUAUUUAUAUGCAGAACAAAUUUAUCUAGACAUUUAGAGAAAUAGCAGAGUUUAUGAAAGUACGGGGUAGCAGGCUCCCUGAGUGUUUAGAACGUGUGCAUUAUUUAUCAAGAGGCUGAGGGUAAUGUAUACAGUAAUUUCCUGGUCAUUACACAAGAUGAUGACAAUUUGGUCCUAUUGUGCAGCUGUUUAAUACACACAUUAAAACACAUCUGAAAUAGAAUUUUAUGUAUAAUACACAAGCAUUUCACCAGAAUCAAGCUAGUUUCACACAAAACAGAUCAUUUCACAAAUAUACACCAAUCAGCCAGAACAUUAAAACUACUGACAGGUAAAGUGAAUAACAUUGAUUGUCCUUAUGAUGGCACCUGUCACAGGCUGGGAUAUAUUAGGCAGCAAGUGAACGGUCAGUUCUUGGAGCUGAUGUAUUGGAAGCAGGAAAAAUUAGCAAGCUGAUAAGGGCCAAAAUAAGGGCUGUGCAUUGCAGCUUGCUGUGUUUGGGGCAGCGUAGCACCAGGAUGCACUAUGGGAAGAAUGCAGGCUGGCAGAGGUAGUGUGAUGUUCUGGGUAAAUGUUGUGCUAGGAAUCCUUGUGUGGAUGUUACUUUGACAUGUUCCACCUACCUAAACACUGUUGCAGACAGAGUAAGGGGUCUUCAUGACAGCAGUAUUCCCUAAAGGCAGCAGCCUCUUUCAGCAGGAUGAUGCUCCUUGCCACACUGCGAACAUCGUUCAGGAAUGGUUUGAGGAACAUGACAGCUUGUGGUUUUGGCUUGGCCUCCAAAUUUCCUGGAUCUCAGUCUGAUUGAGCAUCUGAGGGAUGAGCUAGAUGAACAAGUAUGAUUCAUGGAGCCUCCACUUCACAACUUUUAGAGCUUCCAGGAUCUGCUGCUAACAUCUUGGUGCCAGAUACCACAGCACACCUAUAGAGGUCUUGUGGAGUCCAUGCCUCGAUGGAUCAGGGCUGUUUUGGAGGCACAAGCAGGAACUACGCAGUAUUAGGCAGGUGGUUUUAAUGUUAUGGAUGAUUGGUGUAUAUGGCCAUAUGUGAAAACUGCAAAUUAAACCCUCAUUUGUUUUUGUAGCUUUUGAGAUUAAUUAUAAGGUUAUAACACAAAGAUAAUGAAUGUUGACUUAUUUGAUCAGUUGUUGGGAGAUUUAAGAACCCAAAUUUAUUGCAAUGUUCACCCUAUUUAAAAAGAUGUUUUUGACACGUGUUUUUUUUAGUGAAUGCUACAAAAUGUAUUACUUUUAUUGCAGAAUACUUUCUGGUUUCUAUUAGAAGGUGCAAAAAGAAAUAAAUACUUUCUUCUGGAUCUCUACAGCAGUUGCACUAAUUACACAGAAUAUAUCCAUUUAAGAGAUGUUUUAAAUUGUGUAGCAUCACCUUUUAAGCAUACAGAAUCAAAGAAAUGACACAGGAAAUAUGUGGAACAUGUCUUUCACCCACAAACACAAAAACGCAAAACUUUUGAUCUUCAGGUUUUAAAGUCUUUAUUCACCUCCAGAAAACAAAUGUUACAGUUUAUACAGAAUGACUUGGGCCAUUUCACAGGGCCAGUCAGGUAUUAGUAAAAACCAGGAGAGGGGGAAUGAUGAAAAGGAGAGAAUGAGGGGGAAAAAAAGAGAAUUAAACAAUGUAAUUUCCUUCAGCUGUGAUUAUACCUAGUGUUUCAACAGAAAGCUGACAUAUGAUUUAACACACGAUAACACCAACAAGUAGACAAAGUGUUAAAAUGAAACACACUCACGCCAAAACACACCAAAACAAUCAUGCACAGGUUGUUCUCACUCCAAUCACUCCCCUAACACACACACACACACACACACACACACACACACACACACACAC